CUCUAAGAAGCUUUUGUAAUUAGAAGCUCUAACUAACUAGCGCCAAAACUUCCACCAUUUUCAAUUCCAUUAGCGCCUUCACAGUUCACAGUGAUUCUACCAGAUCAAAAAUAUGUCAGAUUCACAGCCAAACUCAGAGGUUUUCACCGUUCGUAUCGUCUCCAUAGACCAUUACAUGGCACCGCCAAUCCCCGCCAUCGAUAUCUCUUACAGCACCUUCCAAGGUGGAAAAGUGAACGAAGUUCCGGUGAUAAGAGUAUACGGUUCUACUCCUGCUGGCCAGAAAACUUGCUUGCACAUACAUGGAGCUUUGCCUUAUUUAUAUGUGCCGUGUUCAGAUAUACCGCUUCAACUAGACCAAGAAGGUGAUGCAUACACCUAUGCUGUAGCUGCUUCUCUUGAGAAAGCUUUGAAGCUUAAAGGCAGUGCUGGGUCAUCGAGACAACAUGUACAUGGCUGCAGUCUUGUACGAGCAAGGAAAUUUUAUGGAUAUCGCUCAUCCGAAGAGUUUUUUGUAAAGAUUUACCUAUAUUAUCCUCAAGAUGUCUCUCGUGCAGCAACUCUUCUCUUGGCUGGUGCUGUUCUUGAUAAAAGUUUACAGCCUCACGAAUCACAUAUUCCCUUUAUUCUUCAGUUUCUGGUUGAUUACAACUUGUAUGGCAUGGGUCAUUUACACCUAUCAAAGAUGAGGUUCCGCCAUCCCAUGCCAAAUUCUAUUCACAAGAAAUUAGACUUCAAUAGCCAGCACCAAAAGGCAGAUAUUGGCGCUGAUGCAUGUUUUGAGUCAAAUGAAUUUGGUACUUCGACAAGUGAUAAGGCUCACUGUCCUAAGCGUCAAAGCAUCUGUGAGCUUGAAGGAGAUACUUCUGUGGACGAUAUUCUUAAUCAGCAGUUUAAAAUGUUUUCAUCUCUCUCACAAACAAGGUCAAAUGUAAACAUGGUUCAGUCACUUGUACCAAUAUGGGAGGAACAGCGGAAACGGACGGGGGUUCACGAGGCUACUGUGCCUUCUGAUCCUGGUAAACCACUUCCAGAAGAUGUCAUGAAACUUCUCUCAUCUGGUCUUGACUCUGAGAAAAAAUUGAUUCAAUUGUGCAGUGAAGCUGAGACCACUUUAUUUUGCACUCCUUUAGAGAAGGAACUCAGAGAAAUAGACAUAAUAGGCUCAGCAUCGCCACCAGCAUCGCUGUGUAAAUAUGCCAAACUUCUUAAGGAAGGGACUGACACAAGUCCAAAGUUGUUGAAAAUUGGUGAAAUGCAAUCAGCUGGAAAUAUCGGAAUGUUGGACAUUAAGGAUGCUGAUAUGGAAGCACAAAAUCUUCUUAAGUGGCUUGCGACUUCUCAAGCGGCAGAGGAUAUAAACUCUGAUGACGAACUUGCAUGUGAAACAGCCUUGAGCCCCUUGCUUCCUGCUGCAACAGUUGAUAAGAUGCUAGAGAAAGCGAAUAUAGCUUUUGAGAAUGAGUCCCAGCAGGAGUGUCAGGAUAUUCUAGAUUCAAUUGAUGAUAUGCUUGAGUUAGACCAACCAAAGGAAAAGCCUUCUCGUGUUGGUCACAUUUGUCCUGUUGAAGCUUCAUCAGACAUCAUGAUACCCCAAGUUGAUGGUUCUAAUGAUGAUGAGUUCCCAAGUCCACGUGCUAGUUUGGCUGGAAUCUCUAAUGCAGUUGAGUUAAAUAGUGAAUACAAAAGAGCUUCUGAGUACCAUUUACUGCAGAAUACCGACACAAGUACAGUUACUGCAGACAAAAGGAAUAGAAAAUGGGGAUCUUUGCCUUUUUCCAUGACCGGGAAGGUUAAUAAUGAGAGCAAAGAUUCUGCUCUCUCCGAUCACUUAAUCAGAAACGCGUUUAAAAAUAGUACUUGUAUUAAGAGAAAUGUUGCCGAAGGCGCUUCAGAUUCAAAAGAAGUUCAUAGUAUGGUUAACUGUUCGUUACGGGACUUGAUGAGACGAAAGCGAUCCUAUCGAGUUGAACAUGAUGACAGGGAACCUGGAAAUGCAAAGAAGCUUAUUUUGGACAGGCAUGGGGGACCAAAAACAUGCCUUUGGCCAAAACAAAUUGAAUUGGAAGCAAUGCAAACCGAUGAAGUAGAAACUGAACUCCAGAAAAAUUCUGAUCAUGAAGUGAGAGGUCUUGAUUAUUUAGUGUGUGGGAAACAGUCGCUUCCAUCUGCAAAUCAAAGUUCUUCUCCAAUGCAUGAAGGGCAAGGCCUACUUGAAACUUCACAUUUUAUUUAUUCCAUGGACAAAUCUGUGGCUUGGAGGGAGAAAAACCCUAAGGAUGAAACAACUUAUGCAAAACCUGUAGGUUCUGAUGUUUAUACCCCUAAUCCCUCUCUAGGCACUCAGCUGAGAACUGAUGUUGAUUAUAUAGUCAGAGCUCCUGAGAGGUGUCAGCAAACUGAUUAUACUGCUUUAGGUAGUAGACAGAACGCAUUAGUUGAUGAUGAAGUUCCGCGAAAAAGUAACUGCAUGGAUAAAAUUUCUUGUGGUAACAUAUGUUUUGUGCCGCAUGAUCAGACGAAGUCUUAUGAGCAUGCCAUGGGAAAAAGUGUUGCAAGUGACACAAGAGUAUUGCUGAGUGAAAAGGCUGAUAAUCAAAAGCUGGAUAAAAAAUUGCCGUGUGAGACUGUUGGCUCAAAACCCAUUGAUGACCUGAAGAGUAAUCACAUGAAAUUAACUGAAAUAACCGUACGCAAUAGCUCUUCGAUUGACAAGAAUCUUGAAAGUAAUUUGUCCUUGCCAACCUUCUUUGAUACCAGUUUACAUUUGGAUGAGGAUGAUGAAAUGCCAGGGAAUGCUCUGGAUGUUUUUCUUCCUAUUUCCGCAAGGAAUUCCCCGAAACAGGUUGAACCUAGGAACAACUGUGUUACUAUCAAAACUCCCAGAUCCUCUGGAACAAAGAGUAUUUCUACUUACUAUCAAAAUGAUGGCUCUCCCCUAUACCUAUUAACACCUACUAUUUUGCCUCCUUCUGCUGGUUCUGUGCAGAGAUGGCUAGUGUGUGAUGAAAGAGAGGAUCAGGAUGCACCUGCAGAGAAUCAGGAUGUACCUAAAUGCACUUCUGAACCUCUUCUCAUGCAUACUCCUGAUCAAAUGCGUCAAGAACCUGGUGGAGAAGAUAAGGAUAUGUCUAGAUGCACUUCUGGAUCUCCUCUUAGGCAUGAGCUGUAUCAAGAUGCUGACACAGAAAAGAAGCUUACAUGUAUUAGCGAAGGGCAAACAGAAAGAAUAAAAGCAUGCCUGGAUGGCUUGCAAGAUAUUUCUCAGAUAUCAGGCCCGGAGGAGAAAUCAAGUUUUACCCCUCUAAGCCAAAUUGGAUUUCAAGACCCUGCAAGUGUUGGCCGUGGACAGCAAUUGAUAUUAGUCAGUAUAGAGAUUCUUGCAGAAUCUAGAGGAGACCUUUUACCAGAUCCUCAAUUUGAUGGGGUAAAUAUUGUAGCUCUUGGUUUUCAAAACGAUUGUGAUGCUACUAUCGAAGUUGUAGUUCUUUUGCAUAAUAAAUAUGUACCUUUUCAGAGAAGUCUUGAUGGUCUAUCAGACUGCAAAAUACUGAACUUCACUGAUGAGAAGCACUUGUUUAAAGAAUUUACGAAGAUCGUGUCUUCAUCAGAUCCAGAUAUAUUGAUGGGCUGGGAUAUUCAAGGGGGUUCUCUUGGUUUUUUAGCAGAAAGGGCUUCACAUCUUGGUUUGGGAUUACUUAAUGAUUUGUCUCGCACUCCAUCUAAUUCUUGGAUUAAUUCUCAAGACAUCAAAAUAUCUGAAAAAAGUAUCUUGGAACCGGACAUCCUGGAUACUCCUAGUCAAGAUUGUUGUGCACAAGAAAGUUCAAUAAUUGAGGAUGAAUGGGGAAGGACACAUGCUAGUGGAGUUCAUGUAGGUGGAAGAAUUGUCCUUAACUUAUGGAGAUUGAUUCGCGGAGAAGUCAAGCUGAAUUUAUAUUCAGUUGAAGCUGUUGCUGAAGCUGUAUUGAGGCGAAAAGUUCCUUCACUUAACAACAAUGUGCUGACAAAAUGGUUUUCAAGUGGUCCAGGACAAGCAAGAUAUCAGUGUAUCAAAUACGUCGUGGAUAAAGCAAAGCUGAACCUUCAGAUAUUAAACCAACUUGAUAUGGUUAAUCGAACAUCAGAACUUGCUCGCGUCUUUGGAAUAGACUUUUUUUCUGUUCUUUCUCGAGGCUCCCAAUACCGUGUUGAAUCCAUGUUUUUGAGGUUGGCCCAUACACAAAACUAUGUUGCUAUCUCACCGGGAAAACAACAGGUUGCUUCUCAACCUGCCAUGGAAUGCCUGCCGCUAGUAAUGGAACCAGAGUCGGGAUUUUAUUCAGAUCCCGUUGUUGUACUAGACUUCCAAUCUUUAUAUCCAUCAAUGAUAAUUGCAUACAACCUUUGCUUUUGUACAUGUCUUGGCAAAGUUGGGGCAUCAAAGGCCCACACGCUUGGGGUAAGUCCAUUUUCACCAGAGCAACAUGUUCUGCAGGCUUUAAAAGAUCAAAUCUUGCUCACUCCAAAUGGUGUUAUGUUUGUUCCUUCCAAGGUCCAAAGAGGUAUACUUCCCCGUCUAUUGGAAGAAAUUUUAUCAACUAGAAUAAUGGUAAAACAAGCGAUGAAAAAGUUGUCUCCUUCAGAGCAAGUCCUUCAACGGAUAUUUAAUGCAAGACAGCUUGCUUUGAAGCUCAUAUCAAAUGUAACAUAUGGUUACACAGCUGCUGGAUUUAGUGGUCGCAUGCCUUGUGCAGAACUUGCAGACAGCAUCGUUCAAUGUGGACGCUGUACCCUGGAAAAAGCUAUAUCAUUUGUCAAUCUAGAAGAUAAGUGGAAUGCUAAAGUUAUUUAUGGAGAUACUGAUAGUAUGUUUGUCCUGCUUAAAGGACGCACUGUCAAAGAGGCCUUUCAAAUUGGGAGCGAGAUUGCUUCUGCUAUUACUGCUAUGAAUCCUAGUCCUGUCACCUUGAAGAUGGAGAAAGUUUAUCACCGGUGUUUCCUCAUUACUAAAAAGCGAUAUGUUGGCUACAGUUAUGAAAGCCCUGAUCAAACUGAACCAAUUUUUGAUGCCAAAGGUAUUGAAACAGUACGCAGGGACACAUGUGAAGCAGUUGCUAAGAUAAUGGAGCAAUCUUUGAGACUCUUUUUUGAGCACCAGAGUUUAUUGGAGGUAAAGACUUAUUUGCAACGUCAGUGGAAGAGAAUUCUUUCAGGCAGAGUUUCCUUAAAGGAUUUUAUCUUCGCAAAGGAGGUUCGCUUAGGUACCUACAGUGCAAGGAUCUCAUCACUUCCUCCUGCUGCAAUUGUGGCAACUAAGGCAAUGAGGAUUGAUCGAAGGGCUGAACCACGUUAUGCGGAGAGAAUACCUUAUGUUGUAAUCCAUGGAGAGCCUGGAGCCCGUCUGGCUGAUAUGGUUGUGGAUCCUUUGGAAGUUUUGGCAAUUGAUUCUCCAUUCAGAAUAAAUGAUCUAUAUUAUAUUAAUAAACAAAUAAUACCGGCUUUACAGCGAUUAUUUGGGCUUGUUGGUGCCGACCUGAACCUGUGGUUUGCAGAGAUGCCUCGCCCUAUAAGAGAAGCUUCUGUAAAGCAUGCAUUCACUUCAAACAUCCAUCGAACCAGAAUUGAUUCUUACUAUCUCUCAAAACACUGUGUACUCUGUGGUGGGUUGGUCCAGGCAUCAGCCCGUUUAUGUAAUCAAUGUUCUGCGAAUGAGGUGGCUGCGGCAACAGCAGUGAUUGGUAAAACUUCGAAGUUGGAGCAAGAGAUGCAACAUCUUGUGUCUAUAUGUCACCACUGUGGAGGCGGUGAUAGGCUUCUCGAAAGUGGUGUGAAGUGCACGUCGAUUUCAUGCUUGGUGUUUUAUGAGAGGCGAAAAGUUCAGAAAGAACUACUUGCCGCUACCAAUGUUGCUGCAGAUAGAGGUUUCUAUCCAAGAUGCACGAUUGAAUGGUUCUGAAAGCAUGUUUUCCUUGCUAGGAAAAUAUUUUGGGCAUUGUUAUGUGUACAGCUACAAAUGGUCUUUUACCCCUUAUUUUUCUGUUUGGAGAAAAAUAUCCCUCAAAGUUUACCUGUAUGCAAAAUAUACAAGUAAACUUGAAGAUUACUGUAUAGAAAAAUGUAUAAGUUAAACUUGAAGUUUAGUUUAUACUUUAUACAAUUUUAAAACCUGUGUACUGUAAAUAUGUACCAUAAAUUUGAAUGUAAAUUUAAACAAAAAAAUUGUAUAACAGUAAUAUAAAUUUAAAUGUUUUAGAUGUAAUGUGAUACACUUUGGUAA